AUGCUGAAGUCACACACCAAGGCUUUUGGCCUCAAUGCUGCCUUUGGCUCGAAGUGCAGUGGGUGCAUUGGAGACAAGUGCAGGUCGUCGAGUUGUUGUGACUCAGACCUUCUGUUCCGAAGGCCUGUCUUCAAGCUACUCAGUCCGAUCGUUUGGAGGGAGGAAGCAGGUACAGCAUGGCCCGUGGCAGUUCACUUCCAGACAGACUGUCCAAGGAACCUUGAUGAGGCGACUGCGCUCUUUUCGAGGUUUGGCGACAUCGCGCGGCUAGACACCACCUUGGGUGCCGUCACCGGAUUGGUGUUCGUGACUUUCUUUGAUGUGAGAGUUGCACAGAAGGUUCUGCAGCAUUUCGGCGCACUGGCGGAGCCUUUUCAACCGGCCGCGUACGACUUUCGUGCUGUGAGCAUCGCUCCGCACGUCAUUGCUGAUCUCCCUGACCAGUUUGGUCAACUUCACAGCUUCGGAGAGAUUGCUGGCGUCUCGCUUUGCGGAGAGGAGAUCGUGGUCGAGUUCUAUGACAUGCGUGCAGCUCAACAGGUCACGUUCUUUGUUCCGGCCAGCCGGCCAAGGCGGCAGGUAACCCAGACUGCCGGACAGGGGCAAGGACAAGCACAAGUGCAGAACGGCCAGAUUCCGGUGCCCCGCAGUCCGCUAGCCACGGACUGGGUGCAGGAGACCUUGAGUGCCUCGAAGGCCUUUUCCUUGCAGGGGGCCGUCCCCGGGUCAUCCCCGCUGACCGGCAAGGAAAGUGAGCCUCCCACCACCCCGCCAUCAAAAAGUGGACCGAAAUGGCAAGGACCUGGCAAGCCUGUGCGUGAGAAGGUGAGAAUGGAGGACUUGCUAAAGUUCGACAUCGUGCCCGAGAAGAUCCAGUCCGGCGAGGACACCAGGACCACUGUGAUGGUGAGGAACAUUCCCAAGGCCUGCACCCGAGAGGCAUUCGUGGAGCUGCUAAACCCUUGUGGUUUGUCGGACAGGUACACCUUCUUCUACAUGCCGUUUGAUAAACGUCGCAACAUGCACUGUGGCUUCGCCUUCAUCAACUUCCGGACUCCCAGCGACGUGCUGGUGCUCUGGCAGCGUAUGACGCCGUCCUUCUGGCGAGCCUACCUGAAGAGGGGCCAUGUAUCUGCAUCGACACUACCGGCGGUGAGCUAUGCUCGUUUGCAGGGCCAGGAGCAGCUCACGAAGCACUUCAGUCUGUCUGCUGUGAUGCGCGACAGCGACGCACGCAAGCGUCCAGUAUUCUGCCAAAAGAACAACGUGUUCCAUUCUGAGGAGGCAAUUGGAGAGGCAUUGCCACAUGAGCUGCAAGCAGAGUCGGGCCAAUUCAACCUCGCCGACCUUCAGCCUUGCUACGUGUCCACCAGCGGAGUCGAGGACACACACUUCUCGGAAAAGGACCUCCUCGGAUUCGAUCUUCUUGGUGGCCCAGAGAGCAUUGCCUUUCUCCUGGGCGGAGGGCAGGGGGCGUGA